AUGGAGCUGUGGAAAAUAGCAAUCAUCAUUUUAUCAGUGGUAUUGGGUUUGACCCUUGUCAUUGGCUUGAUCGCCUAUUUUUUGUGCAAUUAUCAGGAUCGAUAUUACAAUGCAACUUUCGUCAUCUCCAAUGUGUACUAUGAACCUCACUACCAGAGGCAAACCACCGAACAGUUCAGACACCUGAGUGAAGAGAUUGAAUCUAUGAUGUCCAGAAUAUUUAAGUCAUCGUUUUUGAGCAAAAGAUAUAUCAGGUCCCAUGUUGUCAGUAUAAGCCCGGAUCCUGGCGGAGUGCUUGCAUAUGUUGUUCUGGUAUUUAAAUUUGCCUCAACUGAUAAUGAAGCAGCAACCUGGGGUCACAUCAACAGAGUGUUACGCAACGGGCUGCAAGCAAGCGCUACGUUCUUGGAAGUUGACCAGUCUACCCUUAGACUCACAGAGCUGAAUAAGGAAAAGGGAGAAAACCUUUUAAACAACUGCUGCGGUUUGAGGAGGCAGGUGACAACCUUCUCAGGAGUGGAGCGAAUAGCUGGUGGGCAGCUCGCACACGACGGAGAAUGGCCCUGGCAGGCCAGCAUCCAGCUCGAUGGGAUCCAUCGCUGCGGCGCGUCAGUGAUCAGCACUACGUGGCUGCUGACUGCAGCCCACUGCUUCAGAGGAGGAACAGACCCUCGGAGGUGGACUGCCAGCUUUGGGACUCUGCUGAGACCUCCAAAACAGAAAAGAUUUGUCCGAAACAUUAUAAUUCAUGAGGGAUACAAUGACCACCUCCAUAACCAUGAAGAUGACGUGGCCCUUGUGGAGCUGGCCUCACCUAUCAAGUUCACAAGCGAUGUGCACAGCGUUUGUCUUCCCGAAGCAUCCCAUGACUUCCCAGACAACGCCUCCUGUUUUGUCACAGGUUGGGGAGCUCUGAGCAAUGAUGGCUAUAGUGUUAACCAACUUCGACAAGCGGAAGUGAAAAUUAUAAGCAUCGGGAUUUGUAAUAUGAGGCAUGUGUACCACGGAGCGGUAACACCUGGAAUGCUGUGUGCAGGAUACCUAGAGGGGCAGGUGGAUGCCUGCCAGGGUGACUCUGGUGGGCCCCUGGUGCAUGCAAACUCCAGAGGAAUCUGGUAUCUCGUGGGAAUAGUGAGCUGGGGAGACGAAUGUGCCAAGCGAAAUAAACCCGGAGUGUACACACGAGUGACCUAUUAUCGAGACUGGAUCACCUCCAAAACGAACAUCUGAGGCCUGCAGUGGGUUCAGCUCUGCGGUCCGUGUGAAGGCGAUUCCUCUGACACAUUCUGCUCUGUGGUUACCCUCUAAUUGCCUGCUGGCUUAGCUUGUGGUGACGUAGCAAGUGCCAGCAAGCUCAGGGUGGUCUAG